UAGUUUAUUCCAGGCUAGCUAGACACACUAACUUACAGUUCCUCUUCCACCGAAUACAUCUAACAUCUGUCAGACCAUUUACUGUAGUUUUCCCUUGUUAACGGGAAAAACAUGGCUCGGAAAUGAUCUAGCUCUGCUGUAUUUAGUUAGUGAUGUUGAAAUCUAAGCUGUUUGUUUUUCUUUCGUUUUACGGUGAACACUGAAUAUUUUAUUUUUGCCCGUGUCCUUGGUUCGAGGUGUCUUGUGAUUCGCUGCUUCUUAUGUAUUUAUUCAUCAAGUAGUCUUUAACUGUAACGUUAGUAUUAUUAGGAGUUUUCACUGGCACGUCAGUGUGGAUUGCUAACUGAACCAUUAGCCACCCAGUUACAGUAUUCAUCUGUCAGUAAAGUCGCCCUGAAGUCCCGUCAACUAAUACACAGUGUCUUUUUCUACAAACCAAAAUAAUCAUGACUGCCAUGCGAGUGGACGCUAAGGUGGUCAUGCUGGGCAAGGAGAGUGUAGGUAAAACCAGCCUGGUGGAAAGAUACGUACAUCGCCGCUUUCUUGUUGGACCUUAUCAAAAUACUAUAGGGGCUGCGUUUGUUGCAAAAGCCCUCAAUGUCGGUGACAAAGUGGUUACGCUGGGAAUAUGGGACACCGCUGGGUCUGAACGUUACGAGGCCAUGAGCAGAAUCUAUUACAGAGGAGCCCGUGCUGCCAUCGUCUGCUAUGAUCUGACUGACAGCAGCAGUUUUAAAAGGGCCAGGUUCUGGGUGAAGGAGUUACAGAACUGUGAAGAGCACUGCAAGAUAUAUUUGUGUGGUACCAAGAGUGACCUCAUUGAAGCCGACCGAAGUGUGCGGCAAGUAGACUUCCAUGAUGUUCAAGACUUUGCAGAUGAAAUUGGUGCUCAACAUUUCGAGACCUCCAGCAAAACAGGAAAAAAUGUUGAUGAGGUGUUUCAGAAGGUGGCUGAUGAUUUCAGUAGCUGUGCUUUAGAGUUCAUGCAAGAAGAGAAGGGGGUGAAUCUCGAGCAAAAGAAGGACUCUUAUUUUGACAACUGCUGCCAUAACUGACCUAUCACAGGAAAAACUGCUGUAUCAUAUGAUCUAUUCUGGGAUGACUGGAGGCUCUCUGUCUUUUACACUCCUCAAAGCAUCCGCUGGAGUGUUUUGCUUUUUCUUUUCUUUUUGUUGCUGUGCAGUAUGUUGAGAUUGGGCUUUUGAAAACGAAGACGGUGAAGGAUUCUUCCUUUUCUUGUGUUCAAGCAAUGAACAAUUUUUUUCUUUG